ACACGCCACGGCAGUGAAGACAGUUCUCCAUACAUUUCAAGAUAGGAAAAUGGCACCAGUUGGACCAAAGAAGGGUAUUCUGGAGCGCCUCGAUGCUGGCGAGAUUGUCAUCGGAGACGGGGGUUUUGUGUUUGCCCUGGAGAAGAGGGGUUAUGUGAAGGCAGGACCCUGGACUCCCGAAGCCGCCGCGGAGCAUCCCGAGGCUGUUCGACAGCUGCACCGGGAAUUCCUGAGGGCGGGGUCGAAUGUCAUGCAGACGUUCACGUUCUACGCUAGCGACGAUAAACUGGAGAACAGGGGCAACACUCUAAGCUUCACGGGGCAGCAAAUCAACGAGGCCGCUUGUGACCUUGCCAGGGAAGUGGCCAAUGAGGGUGAUGCCUUGAUUGCAGGUGGAGUCUCCCAGACACCCUCCUACCUGAGCUGCAAGAGUGAGGAUGAAGUGAAGGCUGUCUUCAGGAAGCAGCUUGAUGUCUUCAUCAAGAAGAACGUGGACUUCCUAAUUGCUGAGUACUUUGAACACGUAGAGGAGGCUGAGUGGGCCGUCCAGAUUCUGAAGACCAGUGGGAAGCCUGUGGCAGCCACCUUGUGCAUCGGACCUGAGGGAGAUCUGAAUGGAGUCAGUCCAGGAGAUUGCGCAGUCAGGCUGGUCAAGGCUGGUGCCCAGAUUGUUGGGGUCAACUGCCACUUUGACCCCAUGACCUGCGUGAGGACCGUGAAGCUCAUGAAGGAGGGGGUGGAGCGUGCUGGACUCAAAGUUCACUACAUGGUCCAGCCCUUGGCAUACCACACCCCAGACUGCAACUGCCAGGGCUUCAUUGACCUGCCUGAGUUCCCCUUCGCCUUGGAACCCAGAAUCCUGACCAGAUGGGACAUGCACAAGUAUGCCAGGGAGGCAUACAACGUGGGCAUCCGCUACAUCGGGGGCUGCUGCGGGUUCGAGCCCUACCACAUCCGCGCUAUAGCAGAGGAGCUGGCACCAGAGAGGGGCUUCUUGCCCACUGCUUCUGAGAAGCAUGGCAACUGGGGCAGCGGCCUGGAGAUGCACACCAAGCCCUGGGUCCGAGCCAGGGCCCGACGCGACUACUGGGAGAAGCUGAAGCCGGCGUCCGGGCGCCCCAAGUGUCCUUCCAUGUCCACCCCGGACAGCUGGGGCGUGACAAAAGGACACGCUGACCUGAUGCAGCAGAGGGAGGCUACCACCCAGGAGCAGCUGAAGCAGCUGUUCCAGAAGGCCAGCACUAACAACUGAACCCGCUACCUCCAGCAGGGGAGAGCGAGGAGCCUCGCACUCAUUCCCAAUUCCAAACGGCUAAUGAAGCUAUGUUCAUCACGCGUUUUUAGGACCAUUUUUAUGUAACCCCUACUUUGAUAAAAAGAGUUCCUGUCACCAACAGCUCGAGUGUGAUCUCUUGCUUUUUAUUGUUCUGUUAUGGGCAGCCUGCUCCUGCACCAUUUAUUGUGGUUUCAAUGUCAGAACAUAUUUCCAGUACAAUUUUAGACAGAAAAUAUAUCCUAUAAGUCUUAU